ACUUCCUGUUUUGUUUUUCUUUCGCUCUGUGUCCACUCGGCUCGGGUCGAUAUGGAAGAAUUUUCAAGGCGUGGAGACACCCACAGCCUCACCGUGAAGAAACACGGUCCUUUCGGCCACGGGUGGACCUUAUAAAGCGAACACAAGCAGCGGGCAGCGGUCACACCUGCCGCGGGGCUUCAGACACCUUACUCCGCCUCUGAGUCCCCGCGACAUGGCUCUGAGCUCGGGAGGCUGGGCUGCUCCAGCCCCGGUCUCUGCCUCAUCCCAGCAGACUGCAUGCGGUGGUCCCGCGCUCACGGCUUGCUGCAGCACCGUAUUAAUGUCAGUCCGGGUCUCGGUGUGCCAUUCCGGGAUCCGGCCCUUGUGCCUCCCCGGAGCUGGAAGCGAGGCUCUGCGGCUGCAGCUCAGCAUGGACCCGAGCCGGGCCGGAGAGUUCCGACUAGCGCUGAGAGACACGAGCGGAAACCGCAGUGUGUUCAUUGCAGAGUUUGACCUGCGCUUGGUGCAGUAUGAGGUCAAGUCCUCACGCUGCCAUGAGAUGCGUCUUGCUGCUCCGCCCCAUGACUGCAUCCGCUUCAACUUCCGCUGCGACCGGGAAGCCGAGGAGUGGGCCACAGUGGUGAUGUCAUCACUAAGAGAGGCACACAGAGUUGCAAAUAUCAAUACAUGUGAAUCAGACGGCAGACAUAGCAGCACAACAGCAGCUUCUACCGAGCAGUGGAGCUCAGCCUCACUGCCGCUCACUGAGGAGCUGUGCCUGGAGCUCGCCAGGGCGAUCGAAGCAGGGGACACUCAGGCAGCCUCACAGCACGCCGCUGCGAUGGCCCAGCAGAAAGCAGCGCUGACGAUUCAACUGACAGAGAAGAACUACACAGACGGAGAGAUCAGUUUAUCUGUAGUCGUGGAGGAUGUUUCGUCAUCCUGUUGUGUCACAGUCAAAGUCUUUCCUUACAUGAAUGUGGCUGCACUCAAGCAACAGGUGUUCCUCGAGUACGGUUUCCAUCCUCGCGUGCAGCGCUGGGUCAUCGGUCAGUGUUUGUGCACUGAGCCGAGGUCGCUGGCCUCCUAUGGGGUGCAGAAGGACGGCGAUACGGCAUACCUCUACCUGAUAUCUGCCCGACAGGCCCGCAUUACCCGCCAGCUGUUCCAGCAGGACCUGGAGAGCGCCUUCCUUGCUCCACCCCUCCCACCAGGCAACGGCCCCACCUCCCAAGACUGGAGGGGCUACAAUACUCUGCCUUCAAGGCUCAUCCAUAACAAACAGGGGAGCCCAAGUGGUGGAGCCGACAGAACGGGUGACGUCAAAGAUGUUCUUGACAUUGAGAAUCUGCAGCUGAAUGAUCACAGCAACAAAGCCAGUAAAACACAGCAGACAGAGUGGGCUUGUCCCUCAUGCACUUUCAUCAACAAGCCGUCACGUCCAGGCUGCGAAAUCUGCGCUACAGCCAGACCUGACUCACACAUCCAUCAGGAGAAAGGGAGGAGGGACGACCGAGGAGAGUCUGGAUUAAGCAGCAGCUGACUGCCCAUCAUCGCUGUCUGCUGGCCGUCUCAUCUCACUCACGUACACACGCAUAACCACACAUCCAUGCACAGAGGAGAUGCUAAAUCUGCCUCUAACAUGUUGACAAAUACUCACAUAAAGCCUGUCGAGUGCACUGAGAGUCCUCUGACAGCUGUCUGGCUGCUAACGACCGGAGUGUUUGAAGCACUGUAGCAUGACGCAGAGCUGCACUGGCCGAGGAUUAGACCACAAACUGCAGACAGAGAGCGUCACAUCAACAUGGACAUGAUCAUGACAUACAUUUGGACUGACCUCUUUGUUAUUUAUUUAACAGGGUGUAUGUGUGUGGUGCAAACACAGACGGCCUGGUAUUUAUUUUAAGGGAGAGAGACGUGAUGUGAGUUCUUUAGUUUCUGAUGGAAAGAAAGAGGGACUUUCAGUUUGUGCAACUGUGAAGUGAGAGAAAAAGGUGUAGCCUUGUGCAAUGCCCUGCUGUGUAAGUUUGUCUGUGCGUCAUCCAUUGGUGGCAAAAUCAUGCAGGAUGCCGUGGCUGAGGAAAGACGGUGUGUCACGUUUACAGGGUGUUCAAGUGCUUUUAUUUUUUAUAUCGUUGUGUUAUGUGUUUUCUUUCUAACAGGACGCAUUGAGUACUUGAUGUACGUUUUAGCAGUUGAUCUAAUUUUACCCAGUUCUCUCUCAGCUGUGACAGCAAUGGAAUGACCUGUUUUCAGUACAUAAGAUUGUAAAAUAAUGCAUUAGCUGAAUAAACAUAAUGGAACAAAA